AGAACUGUGGGUGGCAUUUAUAGUUUCUACACGAGCACGGGCGAUACGGAGGCUACUGACGUCAGCAUCAUAACUUAACAAUAUAGCAGGGAAAGUACCGACGGGAAAUAAUAAGGUUAUAUCCUGUAAGUCAAUACCGUAGCAAUAUUUAGCAGAGUCGCAGUAAGCUGAAGGUAACCGAAUGGAGCCGAACUAAGUGAACCCGUAUUCUGAACUUCAUGACAAGGCACACCGACAGUAAGACCGUCUUUAUUAACCGGGGAGAGCCACAGCUUGGGUUUGUGUUAAAACAAGCCGUUUGGAUAAUCAUGUUCAGUUUUCUUGGACUCCGUAAAGACUCGAAGAAGUCAACAUCCGAGAAGGAAGUAGAUGGAGGCUUUGUUGUGAUUGGAGAGACAGCUGAAGAACAGAGGAGGAAGAUGCAGACCAUGAACAUCGCACAGCUGUCAACAAAUGUCAUAGUGCUGCCAUCAAAGCCAUUUUGUACAGUUCCAGCUCAACCCGACACAAAGCACCCUACAGCUCUACCUACUACAUCGCCGUUAGCAGGGACCUUAGUGGUGGAAGCUGCACCGAAUGUCCCGGAUCUUCUGGGGGAUGUCCCCUUCACCCUGGCUCCUCAUGUUCUGGCCAUGCAGGCGGGGUUCCCCCUAAUCCCUGACAUGCUGCUGUCCCGGGACUUAAACUACAACCUGGCUAGUUUUCAGUACGACUUCACUUUAGAGAACUCUGUGCUUCAGAAUGCCUAGUCUGUUUAAAUUUGUUAUCAGGAGUUCACACUGUAGGGAGCUUGGCAGAUUGUUGGUUAUGUGAGAGGUUUCAGGCCUACAAUAUAGUUCACAAGCAAGAUUAUGUAGCAUUAUGAGCAAGUGAAAGUCCACUAAAAUGACAUAAAACAUCAAAUAAGUUGUAGAAUUGACAAGCAUCAAAUUUAUGAACUCCUUAUCCAUUUUCUACUUUCAAUGUAGAGGCGUUGAAAUUAAAUGACAUAACGUUGGGCCACCAGGGCCAUCUCACUGACUGUACAAAUGAUGAUGUUGAAAAGCUUUAUGGAACUUAAUGGACUCCUGUUGAGUUGCUCUCAACGUGAGCACAGUUAUUACAGAUAUGGGCCUGGUUGUGAUUGAUUAAGACAUCAUGACUGUGAAGUCCUUAGGCACACUGCAGAUACAGUGAUGCACAGUGCGUUAUAUGGAUGUUGUGAAUUACAGUUUAUUAAAACUUGGGUUUCUGUCAGUUCUGAUAACUUUGCAAGACAUUUGCUGAGAUAUGGGAACAUUGCUGUAAAAAAGUCCAGAGGCGUGAAGUCAAAAAUGAUCAUUUGAUUACUUGAAUUCUGCUACUAGCACCGAACCUAAAAGGUUCAGAUUAAAUAUGUGUUAGGUUGUUUUGAAACAGGGCUCGACAAUUUGGACUGCCCCCUUGCCUGGGACAAGUAAAAAAUGCCAUGUUGAGCUAGUUAGAACUGCAGUAGGUAACUUUUAUAAAAAAAAAAAAAAAAAAACUUUUUGUCAUAUUUGCUGAAACUUUCACUUUAUCCUAACAGUAGUACAUGAGACAGAUAGUCUGUAAAACAAAAUCUGGUUCCUCUGGCUCUUCCCCGUGCACCUAAUGGCAUUUGCAAGAAUCCACUGAGCCUGAACAAAAACAACCAAUCAAAAAAUAUUUUCAUAAAAUUACCUACUGCAGCUUUAAAUCAUUUUUGUUUAUUUCUGUUCCUGUUUUGUGGUUCACACUAAUGCACCUUAAUGCUGGUUGCCAGCGUUACAGUUGAGUGUAAUUAAUUUGCCAAAAAAUAGACAUAACACGCAAUAAAAAAAUUAAUUUGACUGAUAGUAUUAUUAUUUUUUAUUCUAAUUUUAAUAAUAUUGUUAUCAUGAAUAAUUGUGCAGUUAAAGUCUGAUAUGGCGAUAGCCCUAAACUGAAGUUGAUAUAUUACUGUAUAGGAUUCCAUAGUCCUUGUGCUGUGAACUGUCUAUUGUUUGGAAUAGGUCUUUUGAAGGAGAUUUUUUUUUUUUCAGCCCAUUUGAGGAUGUGGCACCAAAAGAUGAAGCAUUAACUUUGAACAAAGCUUAGUACUUGGAAAGGAAAUGCCCUACCUCCCAUUGAGUUAAACCCAAGUCUUAAGUAGAAUCACCUAUUAAUGUACAAACCGCAGAAUGUUAAAAUUGUUUGAAUGAUGAAGUAAAAAUGUACGGUAAGACUAUUUUUACUAUCUACAACUCAUGUAAUAAUUGGAUAUGAUGUGAUUUAUAUAUUGGACAUAAUAUUUAGCAAAAACACUCUCUCCCAUAUUUGACUAUUUUAAAACUGUUAUUCCCCACCGAUAAUCACUAGGCUAGAUUUGUGUUCCCUGAAUGUGGCCUUUUUGAUAUUUUCCUGCCACCAUUAAUUUAUUGUAAAAUGUAUUCUGUCUUUGCUUUCUUGUGUUUAUGGGAUACCUUUUUCCUUAGAAUGUAUUCAAAUAUACAUGCCAUUAGUGAUGACUUUGCCAAGUUUAAGUAUGUGUACUUUUUACUUCUCAAGACAUUUUUUCAAGCCAUGACAGCAUGUCCUGUACUGUAGUGUACCGAUAAAGAGAUUAGAAGAAGAACAUAUAUUUUAUUAGAGAUUAAAGCUGCAGUAGGUAACUUUUAUAAAAAUAUAUUUUUUCCAUUACUACAGAAAUCUUCACUGUGUCCUGACAGUAGUGCUACAUGAGACAGAUAAUCUGUGAAAAAAUCUGUUUUCUGUAGCUCAUUCUAGUGCUCCUAAUGGCAUUUGCAAGAAUCUACUGGGCAUGGACAAAAGCAGCCAAUCAGAGCUUAGAGAGUUGGAAAGUGCUUUGGGUUGGAAGUUUAAAGAUUGUUGAUUGUUGAGUCUCAAUCCCAGGGUCCCAAAGUGUCUGUAUUUGAUGACCUGGGAAUGAGACUCAACAAUCAUCCAUCUUUCUGGCCUCUGAUUGGUUGUUUUCAUUUAGGCCCAGUGGAUUCUUGCAGGUGUUAUAGGAGCACUAGGAGGAGCCACUGGAUUGUUUCACAGAUUAUCUGUCUCAUGUACUACUGUCAGGAUAUGGUGAAAGUUUCAGCAAAUAUGACAAAAAGUUAUUUUUAUAAAAAAAAUGUCCUAUUGCAGCUUUAAUUUGUAUGAGCACUUAAAUUAAGGCAGGAGUGUGACUUCAUUCUCUGCUCAGGACACCAUGACUCCACUAUAUCUUUAAAUAGCUAAUAGUUGUUUGCUGCUAUUUUAAUGUUUUAAAUCUUGUGUAUAUAUAUCUUACCUUUAAGAGUGCAAUAUGCUGAAUUUACGAGAGCUGUGAUAGUGAAGGUCAUUCCAGCUCCUCAAUGUUUUUUACUAACACACACAUCAGUCUAAUCAAGAACAGUCAAAUGACAGGUUUGAAUUAUGUUCUAAACAGAUUACAUGAAGUUGGCUGAAUUGAUAUCACUACCAGGGUAAUUUUCCUUUGAGUUAUUUUGUAAAUAGAAGCUUUUAAUAUAUUGAUAGCAUUUUGACUGAGAAGAGAAAAUAUGUAUGCAUAGAGUCAUGAAUCUACCCAGAAAUGUAUUAAACACUGUAUAUGUA